AUGGCUCCAUCUAUCACUGAAAGUGCCCCAGUAGUCCCUGUUGUUGAGGACAGCCGUCCCCUCAAGGGCCUCCAGAAAGAACCACUGAAGCUUAGUGGUGCCUUGGACGGAUAUGAGUCGUUCGACGUCACUCCUGUCAUUGGGCGUGAGUUUCCCACCGCGAAUCUGAAGGAAUGGCUGCGGGCGCCAAACUCGGACGAACUGUUGAGAGACUUGGCUAUCACGAUCUCCCAACGCGGCGUCGUCUUCUUCCGCAAACAAGACGGGCUCAACGAUGACUUGCAGAAAGAGCUGGUGCAGAGACUGGGGCAGCUGUCCGGCAAGCCCGCGACCUCCGGCCUGCAUGUCCAUCCGGUGGCCAAUUCCGGUCGCGAGCACAGUGUCAAGGACGACGAGAUCAGCGUGAUCAGCUCCGAGCAACGGAAGACCUUGUACAGGGACCGUAACAACCGCAAGCAGAGUUCGCGACGCGAAUGGCAUAGCGACAUUACCUUCGAGCCAAUUCCCAGUGACUACACUCUGCUUCGGCUGACCCAACUCCCCCGUACCGGUGGAGACACCCUUUGGGCGUCCGGGUACGAGGUGUACGAUCGCAUUUCAGAGCCCUACCAGAAGUUCCUGGAGAGCCUGACGGCGACCUACGCGCAGCCGGGUUUCAACCGCGUGGCCAAGGAGAACGACUUCCACAUCCACACCGGGCCACGAGGUGCGCCUGAGAACGUGGGUGACGAGCUGAAGGCGAUUCAUCCAGUCAUCCGCACGAAUCCAGUCACCGGAUGGAAGAGCGUCUUCGCGGUGGGAACACAUGUUGAGAAGAUCAACGGCCUCACCGAGGAGGAGAGCCGGCAUUUGUUGGAUUGGUUUGUGACGCUGAUCGUGGAGAACCACGAUCUGCAGGUGCGCCUGCGCUGGCAGAAUCCGAACGACCUGGGUGAGCUCUAUCGAAAGCGUAUAUUGAGGACUUUGGAGCUAAUAUCGCACGCGUCAGCCAUCUGGGACAAUCGUAGCGUGUACCAUGCCGCGACGUGGGAUUAUAGCGAUAUCGGACCACGGACAGGCCAUCGUGCGGUGGGUUUGGGAGAACGGCCGUAUCUAGAUCCGGCGAGUACUAGUCGGCGGACAGCUUUGGAAGAAAAGGCAUAG